UAUUUAAGUCUUAGAAAAGCUAGAGUGCUUGGUGGCCAUGGCCGUAAACCAAAGUAUCUAGCUUUAGAACAAGAAUUAAUAAAAUAUGUUAAAGAGAAGCGAGAUGAAGGGCUUUCUGUUACAACACAUAUGAUUUCAACCAGGGCAAAAUAA